AACAAUGGGCCGAAUUUCGGCCCAUCCAACCACGGGCUUAGGGAAGCCAUCCCCCUCCUGGCCUCCCCUAUAUAAACUCGCCCUCGAGUCCAAGCCAUCCCCGAAACCCUAGACGCCGCCGCCGACCUCCUCCCGUGCUCGCGACUUCUCUCGACGCCGGUGGAGUGAGAGAGAGAGAGAGAGAUCGGAGAUGGCCAAGUCGAAGAACCACACGGCGCACAACCAGUCGUACAAGGCGCACAAGAACGGCAUCAAGAAGCCCAAGCGCCACCGCCAGACCUCCACCAAGGGGAUGGACCCAAAGUUCCUCAGGAACCAGAGGUACUCGAGGAAGCACAACAAGAAGAGUGGUGAGGCUGAAUCCGAGGAGUAAGGUGGAGGAGCCUUUUGGUUAUGAAUGUUUCUUGUAUCUCUGGAUCUACAGUUUUGAACCUAUUUCACUGUUCUGUAAGGGCAAAGGAGAUUACUAUGGUACUUAAGUUUUAUCAUGCGUAGUUUGGCUCUGUGCAACCCAGUUCCAUGCUGUUGGAUUGCACCUGAAAUAUUAUCUUCUAUAAGAAUUGGUUAUCCAUUUUUAAGGUUGUCUUGUUUGCAUUAGCACAUCUCAA